UUAAGACUUCCGGGCAUGCGCACGGCGUUGUGCAAAUGAAUUUCUUCCAUUGAGCCGAGGUAGACCGGGUCCAGCUUCUUGCGCGGUGGGUGGCUUGUCUGUGGGGUGGUGACGAGAUCGGCAUUGAGGAUCCAUACCCUUUGCCCCCAAAGAAGGGUGACGUGGGCUAGUGUCGCGCCUUUGGACAGUCAUUAUGAUAGAAGAAUGGAAGAAGAUACAGAUUAUAGAAUCAGGUUUAGUUCUUUGUGUUUCUUUAAUGAUCAUGUUGGAUUUCAUGGCACUAUAAAAAGCUCACCAAGUGACUUUAUUGUUAUUGAAAUUGAUGAACAGGGACAGUUAGUUAAUAAGACCACUAAUGGGCCUAUUUUCAAGAUUAGUGAAAUACAACCUGAGCCAAAUAAUUUUCCCAAAAAACCAAAACCAGAUCUUCAAAACCUGUCCUUUGAAGAUGGAAGAAAGCAAGAAGUUAAUACUUUGGUUAAGUACACUGAUGGUGACCAAAAUCAUCAGUCUGGUUCAGAAAAGGAAGAUACUAUCAGUGAUGGAACUUCCAAAUGUGAAGAAAAAGCUGAUGUUUUAAGCUCCUUUUUAGAUGAAAAAACUCAUGAGUUACUGAAUCAUUUUGCUUGUGGUAUAAAAGAGAAGUGGCUUUCUAAAACAGAGCUAAUUGGACCACCUCCUGAAUUCUCAAUAGGCAGAAUCCUUGACAAAAACCAGAGGGCUAGUUUACAUAGUGGCAUUAGGCAGAAAUUUCCGUUUUUAAUAACUGUAGGAAAAAACAGUGAAAUUAUUGUAAAGCCAAAUCUUGAGUAUAAAGAACUUUGUCAUUUGGUGUCAGAAGAGGAAGCUUUUGACUUUUUUAAAUAUUUGGAUGCAAAGAAAGAAAAUUCCAAAUUUACCUUUAAACCUGAUGCAAACAAAGGCCACAGAAAAGCUGUCCACCAUUUUGUCAACAAAAAGUUUGGAAAUCUUGUGGAAACCAAAUCUUUUUCUGAAAUGAAUUGCAGUGCUGGUAAUUCAAAUGUGGUGAUAACAGUAAGAUUUCGGGAAAAAGCACACAAGCGUGGGAAAAGGCCACUUCCUGAAUGCCAAGAAGGAAAAGUUAUAUAUACAGCCUUUACCCUACGAAAGGAAAACCUGGAAAUGUUUGAAGCAAUUGGUUUUUUAGCUAUCAAACUUGGUGUGAUUCCUUCGGAUUUUAGUUAUGCAGGCCUUAAAGACAAGAAAGCCAUCACCUAUCAAACAAUGGUUGUUAGAAAAGUGACUCCAGAGAGGUUGAAAAAUAUUGAAAAAGAAAUUGAAAAGAAAAGAAUGAAUGUCUUUAAUAUACGGUCUGUAAAUGAUUCCCUAAGACUUGGUCAGCUCAAAGGAAAUCACUUCGAUAUUGUCAUUAGAAAUUUAAAAAAACAAAUAAAUGAUUCUACAAACCUGAGAGAGAGAAUUUCAGAGGCAAUAGAAAAUGUUAAGAAAAAAGGCUUUGUGAAUUACUAUGGACCACAGAGAUUUGGGAAGGGAAGGAAAGUUCACACAGACCAAAUUGGACUAGCUUUGCUGAAGAAUGAAAUGGCGAAAGCCAUAAAAUUGUUUCUUACACCAGAAGACUUGGAUGAUCCUGUAAAUAGAGCAAAGAAGUAUUAUCGUCAAACUGAGGAUGUUAAAGGCACACUUUCAUUGAUGCCUGAAUUCAAAGUGCGAGAGAGAGCAUUGUUGGAGGCAUUGCAUCGCUUUGGCAUGACAGAGGAAGGUUGUAUCCAGGCAUGGUUCUCUUUACCCCAUUCCAUGCGCAUAUUCUAUGUUCAUGCAUAUACUAGCAAAAUUUGGAAUGAAGCAGUAUCUUACAGACUUGCAACCUAUGGAGCAAGAGUAGUGGAGGGUGAUUUGGUCUGUUUGGAUGAAGAUGUUGAUGACGAGAAUUUCCCAAACAGUAAAGUUCACCUGGUAACUGAAGAGGAGGGAUCAGCUGAUACAUAUGCAAUACAUCAGGUGGUUCUUCCAAUACUUGGAUACAAUAUUCAGUACCCAAAGAACAAAGUAGGGCAGUGGUACCAUGAUAUACUUAGCAGCGAUGGACUACAGACAUGCAGAUUUAAAGUACCUGCUCUGAAACUGAAUGUACCAGGAUGCUAUAGACAGAUUUUGAAACAUCCCCGUAAUCUCUCAUACCAACUAAUUGAAGAUCAUGACAUUGAUGUCAAAAUGAAAGAUCCCCACCUUGAUGAAGUAGCUUUGUCUCUUUUGAUCUCUUUUGAUCUUGAUUCUUCAUGCUAUGCUACCGUUUGUCUGAAGGAAAUAAUGAAGCAUGAUGUUUAAAACUGAUACCCUUGGUAUAACCGUAUAUAUGUCACUCUUUGAAGGAAAGGGAGCUGAAAUGUCUUAAGCACCUCCCAUGUGUUAGGAGCUUCAUAACUGUUAUCUCUUUUACUUGUCACAGCAUUCUGAGAAGUUAGGAUUUAAUACGAUAAUUUUACAGAGAACAUGUAAGUGUCAGUGUCUAAAUUUAA